AUGUGGUCAGAAAUGCUCAAAUGGAGGAAGGAAUUUGGUGCUGACACUGUUGUUGAGGAAUUUGAAUUCAAGGAACUUGAUGAAGUCUUAAAAUAUUACCCCCAAGGAAAUCAUGGAGUUGACAAAGAAGGAAGACCCGUGUACAUUGAGAGAUUGGGACAAGUCGAUGCCACCAAGCUUAUGCAAGUCACAACCAUGGAUCGCUAUGUCAAAUACCAUGUAAAGGAGUUUGAGAGGACAUUCGACCUCAAAUUUGCAGCUUGUUCGAUUGCUGCAAAGAAGCACAUUGAUCAAAGUACAACUAUCCUUGAUGUGCAAGGAGUGGGGCUUAAAAGCUUCAACAAAAACGCUAGGGAACUCCUUACUCGCCUUCAGAAGAUUGACGGUGACAACUAUCCUGAGACCUUGAAUCGCAUGUUCAUCAUCAAUGCAGGUUCUGGAUUUAGAAUACUGUGGAACACCGUAAAAUCCUUCCUGGACCCAAAAACCACAGCAAAAAUCCAUGUUCUUGGCAACAAGUUUGAUAGUAAAUUGCUGGAAGUAAUUGAUGCAAGUGAGUUGCCUGAAUUUUUAGGAGGUACUUGUACAUGUGCUGAUCAAGGAGGCUGUAUGCUAUCUGAUAAGGGCCCAUGGAAGGAUCCAGAAAUAUUGAGGAUGGUUCAGAACGGUGCUCACAAAUGUUCAAAAAAAGGCGAGUCUCAGGAUGAGGGAGAGAAAGACAAUUCUGAGGAACCCAAGACACCCAAAGUGGAGGCAAAUCCCACCUCCCAACCCAAGACUCCCAAGGCGGAGGCAAAUCCCACCUCCCAACCCAAGACUCCCAAGGUGGAGGCAAAUCCCACCUCCCAGGUCUCACCAGUUUCUGAAGAGGUCCCUGCUACUAAAGCCUCCAAGGAUGAGAAUUUAACCCCGAUGGCUGAUCAAACUGCUAAGAAAAAAGGUGAAGUUGACUCAACCGAAGCAUCUAAAGAGUUUGCGACUGUGAUGAAACGCAUGGCUGAGUUGGAAGAGAAAAUGGUCAACCUGAAGCAUCAGCCUCCUAUCAUGCCAGCGGAUAAGGAGGAAAUGCUGAAUGCAACUAUAAGUAGAGCCGAUGACUUGGAGAAACAACUUAUGGCCACCAAGAAGGCUCUCGAGGAUUCACUUGUCAAGCAAGAGGAGCUUUCUGCUUAUGUUGAAAAGAAGAAGAAGAAGAAGAAGAAGAAGUUUUUCUUCUUUUAAGUGCAAAUUCGGGGAUGCCCAAGAGGUACGAGGGAUAUCCUUUUACUUUCUGCAUUUCAGGAGUCUUCCCAAAUGUCCACUUACAUAAAUGUUCAUACAUGCGAACUAGUAAAUUUUCAAUACCACAAGAAGAAAAGAAUAUGCUCAAUAUUAUGAAUUAUACUAAUGAGAAUUUUGGUCUCUAUUAGGAUAGGACUUGCUCUCUGUGUAUAGUAUAUAUGCAUAUAGGGCUAUGCACGACAUGCAAAGCUAGUCUUAUUAUGUCCUUACAGUGUCAAUUGAUAUUAAUAUCUAGAAAAAAAAAA